CGAUUGCGUAGCGCGAGCUGCAUUUGGUGUUGGAAUAAGAGGGUUCAGGGUAUCCCCUAGUCGGGAGCUCCCGACUAGAACCUCUUAGUUGUUUUAUAUAGUGCUCGGUAAUAUGAACUUCGGUUAAGGUAGCAUAUCCUUGCUUGGCGUGUUAAUCCCAAUUCUCAUUACUUAUACUUAUUAUGAAAUUGUAUUAUUGUGCAGCUUUCUGGGACAAGCAUGCAUUUGUACCACUUAAUGUUGCCCAUUUUCGUAUUACAGGGUAUGCAAACUUCUUUGCAAUAUCUAUAACCUUACAUAUAAAAAUUAAUAGACAAGCUUUACUCAACAAAGCACGAGUCAAAAGCUCCGCAAGAUCAAGGCUGAUUCCAAUAAAUAAUUGGGCGAGGCUCUGUCUCUAUUUUUUCUCUCGGCAGUAGUUUCGUUUCAACCGCUCCCACGAAUGCGUUAAAUGUGGCUUUAGAUCUCAGCUCGUUGAAAUUUAUAAACGCUUCGCAGUAAUAACUAAGUAGGAAGCAAGUAAUUAACUUAAACAUACUAGGGCCUCUGUACGCGAUUUAUGUAUGUGAUCUUGAUACUAUGUAUGUGAGAGUUAAAAUGACAUUAUACUUAAUUGGAAUAUUAUUCCUCGUGUUUACUGCAAACGGCAGAGUGCAGCGGGAGUUAAGCAGUGUUCGUCGUGAUGCAGGGGAUAACGCCAUGCCAAAGAGCAGUUUUGAAAAGGAAGAUGUCGGCUGGACCAAUAUCGAUGCCGAAGUCGACGUGGUGACGCCCAUGGUGCUUUCCCAUCUUCAAAAGCUGGGAAUAGAACAUUUAGAGCUUCCAGACAUGAAAGAGAGUAUUUCUAUUAAGCCUUUUUUCAUCACUUACGAGGCUGGCCUUCACCUAAAUAACGGAAUUGUUUACAACCUUGCUGGAAUACAAAGGCACAAUAAUGCCUUUAUGACAUAUGAGGGAAAAUCGUUCUUGAGCAAAUUUUAUUUAAAAAUUAAUAAACUUCAGUUUGAAUAUAACUUUUUGCUAAAGUUAAUGGCAAUUGAGGGAUAUGGGAAAGUGAUUGGCUCAUUAGAUGACACGAUCGUUUAUGCUGAGCUUGCUGUCAAUGUAAUUAAUUCAAAGCUUCAUCUUCACGACUUUCGUAUAAUUGAAUUCAGCAAUAUUCAUGUACAGUUGGAUCAAGCUCGUUUAAUUCGUGAAUUUACAGGAAUUAUUUUAAGUCCUAUAACAAACCUUUUCAAAGAUCGAAUCACAACAUCGAUUGCUGAUGGACUUAAGGAACAAAUGCAAUCGGUAAUGGAUGAUUUUAACAACGAGGAUCCCUUGGAGUUACGUAAAUUUACAAAGAAAUUAAUAUCAGGAAUAACAGGUUCUUCGGCCGAGUCUAGGGAGUAAGUUAAGUAUUAUAAUGGAAACAGGAAAGCUGAAAAUGGUUGUUUGAAAAUUAAAAUAAAUAUACAUCAGGGGCAUUAAA